AUGAGCGAUACUCAUUAGAAGUUUAGCCCAGUUAAGACUAGCAAGUACUUUUAUUAAAAAAGACUCUCAAAUGAUAAUUUUAGUCCUAGAAACUUCCCAGAUAGUCCAAUUAAAGGAAUUCAAUAUUAAAUUCCGUUGAAGAUUGAUAAGAAACCAAAUCAGGUGGUGAAGCAUAUCAAAGCCGGUUUUUACAAUACUCAGACUCAAUAAUUUAUUACAAAUCCACUAAGUCAAAGGUAGACCUCCCCUAAAACAAGAGAUGUGUCCCCAAUUAAUACUACAGAGCUAUCAGACCAAUAAAUCUAAGAGAUGGUGGUUGACCUUAACAAAUAAGCCAUGCUGCAUCUGAAAUAAAAUUAAAACGAGGAGUGCCACAGAUUGUUGAAGAAUGCAGAGCGGAUUCUUAAGGAAAAGAAUCCCUCGAAAAUGGUCAAGUCAGAUCAUGAAUGGCAAGGAAGCUACUUUAUUUUGCAAAGCAUGACUCAAAACAAUCUUGGCUGCUAUUAUAAGAAGAUGAAUUCGCCAUAAGUUGCAUUGCAUUACAUGAAAAAGGCUCAAAGGAACGAAAAUAUCUUAAGCACAAGUGACAUCUCAAGGGCAACUACUGAACUCAAUAUAUGUGCUGUCCUGUCAAAGCUAAAUAAGCAUAACGAGGCAAUUUAGCAUGCCUAAUAUGGGAUAAAGAUUCUUCGCUAGUAGAUUAAAGAAUAUUAAUUUAAACAUAAAAAAGCAAGUACAGAUAUAGGCCAAAUUCAGGAGGAACCUGAACAAGAAAUAAAUGACUCACUCUAGGCAAGUAAAGCAGAUUUCUAAGAGAAUGACAUUCAUAUUCAAAGUAACCCUAGCACUAAAAAAUAGGACUUUCUUAAGAACAUGUAUUAGACAUUAAUAGUUGCUUAUCACAACCUUGGAGUAGAGUUUGAGUAUUUAAAAGAUUACAAGGGAGCCCUGGAAGCUUAUAAAAAUGCUAUUGAAUAUUCAGAAAGUUUGGAGCAAUAAGUACCGAUUGCUGAGACUAUAAAGAAUACUGUUAAAGAAAUAGAGAUGAAGAUGUAAAUGCAGGAGGAAAAGUUUCAUCUGAGAGACUCAAAAAGGCAAAUCUCAGUUUUCAAGCAUGUAUCUGCUGCGAAUAGCAGGCAUGGAAGUAACUAGAGAUCAAUAAAGAAUGAAACUGCUGCUAACUUCUAUCUCAAAUACCCCUCUGCUCUAUAAGAUUUACCUUGGUCUUCAAUGAAAAAUUCAUUUAUGAAAAACACUCCUUAGCAAGUAAUUGAUAGCAACAGCAACCUAUAAAAACGAUCUCUGAUAAAAAGAAGGUUGAUGGAUAACUAAGAGUAUCAACUCAAAUAGACUUAUAUGCUUGAUAAUACAAAUUUGGAUCAUAGAAUCAAUCAUUAGUUUAACAAUACCUUUGCUAUUAAACCAAGAUAAUUAGAGGAAAAUCAAAACCAAAAAAUAGAGAAUAGUGAAAUGGUCUUAGCCUUUAGUUCAAAGCAAGACCCAAAUACAUAGAAUCCACCAUAGUUCACAAGCUAUUACAGUCGAAGAUCAAAUGAAAGACUAUCUGAUAUGUAGCUUGUCUAAUACAGAGUAAAGCCUAAUAGGUAUUCUUCAGUCAGAAGACCUUAAAAACUUGAAAAGAUAGCUCCUCGAUUAAGUCCUAAGAGGGAAGGUAUCAAUGCCUAUGAUAAAAACUUAAAAAAAUUCUAUGUGAACUAGAGAAUAUAUCAAUCUAAAGAUACUGAGAGAAAUAAUAUUGGACCUAUGAGUCCAGACUCAACAGGAGAGGAUACUGAGCAAUUCACAUUUUUCUAGGAAACUGGCUCAAAUAUGAAUUUUAAUUCAUCUCUACUAAGUCAAAGAUAUACACAUGGAUUCGCUUAACAAGACCCGUCAAACAAAGUCUCAACCCCCGAUUCAGGGAAGCAAAGAAAUAAGUUUUAUAAGACUUAAAUGUAGUAAAGAGAAAAAUCGGGUGAUAGAGUGACUCAUAGUUCAAAUGCUCAAGCUAGAAACAGGUUUAUAAAUCUAUAGGAUCCAGUUAAAAGCCCCACAUCAACUUAGAAUAAGAAAUCAAAAGCUAAGAAGAAGAUUGAGCAAGAUAAAUUGAAUGCCUGGUAGCAAUAACAGCAAUUUAAUGAUAGGGCUUCCACACUCUAGGAUAAGGUGGAGUAUUAACUUUCAGAGAACAGAUAGAAAGAAGAGUCAUAGGAACUAAAAUUAAUUUAGAAUUAAGAGGAAACUCAAUCUAAAUAAGAAGAAGGUGAAAAAGCUGACUCAGUAAAGCCUAUUGAAGUUUAAGAUUCUCAGACUCUGUUUUAGAAAAUAGAAAAAGUUCCCUUGAAAUAGUCUAAUACUCAGUAUGAUAUAGAGCAGUAGCAAGUCAGAUCAUAGACAGUCAUGAAGCAAGAAGUUUUCAAUAAUAUGCAUCUGAAUUUAGUCAACGACAUUAAAUUACCUAAGGAUAUUAACAUUCUUUCCGCCCAUGAAAACUUUUCGCAGCAGCUCUCUCUCAAAACAUACAACACCAACAUAUAGAAGAAUUCACUGUAAAUCCAGUAGGAUAGAUCAUUUGAGGUAAAGUCAUCUGCUAUGACUGUUAAAAGAAACUGUGAGGGAGGACUACAUCAUGAGCAAAGUUACUAAGACAAGGACGACUAAAGUGGAGAUGUUUUAUUAACCAGAGCAGUAGCUAGCGCAGAAACGACAAAUACAACAUCUCAUAUGUAAGUUUGUUGCAUUCUCAAUUUGAGUAAUUAGGCUUAAUCAGAUCAUAUGAAAAAUGCAGGGGAAAUCCUGAAUGACAAUCAAGUUUUAAAGCACAACCCCUCUCAACAAUCUAAUCCUGGUUCAUAGCACCAGUACUCUGCUCAUUACACUGGUGGGGGAGGACCCACUGCUAAUCAUGUCUAGGAGCCGAUAGCAAACAAUAAUGUGUAGAGAAAGCCCUAAGAAAUGAGCGCCUUAGAUAGACUUAAAAAUAUCCAAUCAAACUUCAAAAGAACUUGGAAUGGUGUAGAUUGUACUAUUUCUGGCAGAGCAGGUACUUCCAAUUUCGUAAAUAAAAAGCGUGUUUUCGUGCUUCCUGAGUCAUACUUAGAAGAAGAGGAAAGGCAAAAGCAAAUGCUUAAGAUCUUCGGCAAACUCAAAGAUCUUGAAGAGGACAAAAUGCUUACUCCUAAUACUACUAACUCUACAACAUCCUUCAAUAAGACUGUCGCCUCAUCUACAGCCUCAGGAGGAUUCUUUUCUUCAAAUUCACAGUCUACCAACUCUAAUUUUUACCAAAACCAAAACUAACCUCAAAGGACCAAGGAAAACGAAUGUAUCUCCUUCAAAAAUAUCAAGGAAAAUCAAAUGAUUACUCAUUCAUAGCCAUUCAGUGGAUAUCAGAAAUCUUAUCAUAUAGAAAACUCAGAACUGCUAUAUAAGAUGCUGAGAUUUGACAAUAAGCUUGUUAGGUCUGUUCUAGAGGUCAAUGGAUUUACUCACACUGAAUCACAUGAAUGGAAUGUUCUCUGGAGUUCUAGCAGUUGCAAAUCUUAUCUCUACGAAGGGUUAAAUGAAUUCUAAAAAAUAAACCACUUCCCAUCAAGUUAUGAGAUUACAAGAAAGGAUAGAUUGUGCUAUAACAUGGUCAGAAUGCAGGAACGAUUUGGAAAAUAAAACUUUGAUUUUGUCCCAGAUACCUAUAUUCUCCCAGAUGAGUUUGGCGAUUUUUAUGCACAUUACCAAAAGCUUAAAUAACAUGACAGCAAGAAAAAUAUAUGGAUAGUGAAACCAGCUAAUUCAUCUUAGGGCAAAGGAAUUUAUAUAGUAGAUGAUAUAAAUGAUGUAAGUGUUGAUGAUACUUCAGUCAUUAGCAGAUAUGUUACAAACCCACUCUUGAUAAAUGGCCACAAAUUUGAUUUAAGAAUAUAUGUCUUAGUUACGUCUUAUGAGCCAAUGAGAGUCUAUGUAUUUUAAGAAGGCCUUGCUAGGUUUGCAAGUGAAACUUACACUUCUAAGAUCAAUAAAAAUAACAAGUAUAUGCACUUGACAAACUAUUCCAUUAAUAAGAAGAACGAGAACUUCGUCUAAAAUGAAAAUUCAGAGCAAGAUGACUUUGGAUUUAAAUGGAGUCUAAGUGCAUUUUGUAAGCAUCUUGAGUAAGUUGGAAUUGAUAUGAACUUGCUCUGGUCAAGAAUUAAUGAUGUUCUACUGAAAACCUUGAUAUGUGGAGAACAUCAUGUCACCUCAGCUAUUAAAAAGAAUGGAAUGCACAGAACGAACUGCUUUGAGCUUUUUGGGUUUGAUAUUCUUAUAGAUUCAGAUCUUAAGCCAUGGCUUCUUGAAGUAAACCUCAGUCCAAGUUUAGCUACAGACAGUCCAUUAGACAUGACUAUCAAAUCUACUCUACUAUCAGAUGUGUUCAAUUUGAUUGGGAUAAAGAGAUUCGAUAGGAAGAAGGAAUCACUAAAUAAAAUCAAACAUAGAAUGAAGGGAUAUUACAAAGGAUCAGCUAAUACCAAGAAGGGAGGUCUAGGCGGAGGUAUCUAAGGCACUAGCUUGUAAACUGCUGGCAACUAAAAUGAGAUGUUUCAUUAAACCACAAGCGCUUAACUCUAUUAGGUUAUAGAUAAGUAUGUAAGUGAGAAUCAACUAGAAUAUGCCAAUCUUCACGAGUCUCUGAGAAAGGCGGCAUCUUUGAGAUAAAAGGAAUACAUUAGAGAAGUGUUAUCUGAAUAUCAAAAGAAAGGUAACUUUGUAAGAAUCUAUCCAGCAAAAGGAUCAGAAAUUUAUGACUCCUACUUUAAUGGACCAAGACCAUUCAAUAAGUUAGUCUAUAAAGUGCUUUACACGGAUGAGGUUAUGAGAUGUGUUCAAUCUAAACCUUAAACAGACAUGAAACUUGGCUAUAAAAUAGAGAUCCCUCCUGGUUCCUAUGAACAAUAUAAAAAUAAGCAAUAAGAAAGAGUUUCAACUCAUUAGCCAAAUCCAAGAGAAGAAGUUAAAUAAAUUUACAGCAAUAAUGCUAGUGCUUCUUAGAAUUAUGAGUAAAUGAAUGAUACAGCAUAAUCCAGUUAAUCCUAAGCAUCAAGAGGAGCUUAGAGACAGCAACUUGCCUCUUUAAAGGAUAGACCAGCAACUGGCCAAACUUAGAUUAAAUAGGAGGGGUAGCAGAUAUAAAACUAGCCUUCACUUAACUCCUCAAUUACUUAAACAACGAAAUCCCAAUCAACAAAUCAAGGUGUCCAGUAAAACUAAUCUCAAUAGCCAGUCCAAGAGACAAAGUAAACUCAAGAGAAAGUUCUGAUAACUGGUGAUGAUAUUCUUAUAGAAUAUGUUGAAAGACUUAUGAAUGCUAUUCUCGCUUUGUAGUCAGAGGAUCAACUUUAGGAUAACUGGAAAGUUGCCUUAGAUAAGUUUAUCACUCACUAUGUGUGGCACUCUCAAGAUAGAAGAAAUGAGAACUAAUAAUAAGAUAAGCCUGCUGGUUCUCCUUUUUGGUUUAGACUUGAAGGUAGGCUAAAUGAAAUGUAAGAAAGAAGACGUAGAUUGAUUAAGUAUCUUUACAAGAAGGAGGGCAAACUACAUGAGUUUGAGGAAGGUUUCAAGCAAAGUAUCAGCAAAAAAUCUACAAUCAUUAGAAAGUUUACUGCUAUUUAAUUAGAAGACCUGUUGAGAACAUCAACAAAGAAUGUAGCCCAAGAAGUAGUCUCAAGCUUGAUACCUUAGUAAGGUGGUCUUGGCGUGCUUGCUGACAUAGAUAGAGUCUAUGGAGUGGCCACCUCAUCAGCCUCAGGUAACGACUACAGAAAGAGAACUUAAUAGCAAUCAAGAAAGCCCAGGAACUCAGGCGAUGAUAUCGAGGAGGGCUAUGAAGCUGCUAAUACCAUGAGCGGUGGUGAUAAUAAUGAAAUCACUAAUAGAGCAGCUGGAAAUGUGAGGCAAUCUAAAUCUGCCAAUGCAGCAAGAUCUUUGACAAGAAAAAAUCAGCAAUAACUUUCUUAAUAAGAGGAUAUUUUCCCAUAGCACAGUCAGACUAAGCAGUAAAACUUGAUGCAAUCAGCUACAAAUACCUCAGCCACUAGAGCUCUGGCUGGCAAGACAAACAUGAUUCCCUCAAACAGAAUGGUAUUCACUCAAGGUCAAAGCAACACUGUAGACCAAUCUUAGCAAAACCUAACCGACAUAAUUUAGAAAAGAGAGAUUUCAAGCACAUACAUUAAAAGAAUACUUGACAACCAGGCAGUGAUGAAAUGA